GCAGGUCGGGAGGUAGCAGCGGGUACAUGUGCAACCCCGGACCCCGCUCAUGCGCUCAACCGGUGGGGGAAAAGGCAGAAGGCCUCCGGCCGCCAGGGGGCGCGGUUCGGGCUCAGAGGUGUGGAGGAGCAGAAGUGAGCGAUCGAGGGCGGAAGUGGUGGAGGCGGCGGGGACGGUGGCUCGUGAGAAGAAUGGGCUCUGUGUCAGAGGAGCUCAGCCUGGUCCCCCUGCACCAGAGGCCGGAGCUGCUGGAGGCCUGUGCCGAUCUGCUGGGCGAGGAGUGGGGAAAGAGCCGAGCGUCACGGCUGCACACGCUCCAGCGCUCCUCAGACGCCUUCCCUGCCUGCCUGCUGCUGCUGCGGAGCCAGGGCCCUUCUGAGGCCCCCACUGCCCGGGAGGGUCCCUACCAGCUCGUGGGCCACGUCCGGCUCUCCCGUGUGGCUGGCCGGCCCCGUGACCUCUUUUUGGAGAGUGUGGUGGUUCCCCGGGCGCUGCGGGGCCGGGGCUAUGGGCGGCAGCUGAUGGAGGCCACCGAGCGGUGGGCUCGGGCUCGGGGCUUUGUCUGCCUGCACCUCACCACCCACGACAAGCAGCACUUCUAUGCCCACCUGGGUUAUUCCCUGGGUGAGCCAGUGCAGAGUGUAGCCUUCCUUAGCCCUGCCAUAUCCACUGAGGUGCUGCGGCUCUUCUCCACCCCUCCCAGCACUGCCACCACCACCAGGCAAAGGGUGCCCACUGCCCCACUGCCUCCCCUCCUACUGCCUGCUGCCCCACCACCACCUCCCCUCCUACCCCCAGCUGCCCCCCCACCACCCCCCCCAACGACUGUGGUGUGGGCAAGGGGAGUUCUGGCUGAGAGCAGCAGACAGAGCCUCCUGGAGACCCCCCACCGCGAUGCCAAAGGGCUGCCCAUCUUCUGGAUGAAGAAGAACAUCCAAGGGUCUAGUGCCACAAGCCAGUGAUUAAAAGCAGUGCAGGCAGGGGCUGCCUGCCCCAGUGCUGCCUGACUGCCUGGCAUUCUUAGGGGCUGGCACCAGCUCUCCCAGCCUCCAUGGUUUGCCCUGGCCCCAUUGCCAGGGUGGGUGGUCCCCGCCCUACCCAGCCCUCCAUUUGCCCAACCAGGUCCUUAAGACCACCAGCUGCUAUAGCAGGGAGUUGUGCCAACUCCAGGCUCUAGAGGUAGGACUGGUCUCAGGAGCACUGCCCAGUCCCACCAGUGUCUUCUCCACCCAUGGGUCUCACUGUAGGUAGGGCAGCUGGGGCUGAUGGCAUGCUGUGUCCACCAGUGUGACUGCCACAGUCCACUGAGCAGCCUGAAGAAACUUAGACACGUGAUGUCUGGGUGGCACUGGGGGCAUAGGCCUGUGCCAGUGUAGGUUGCAGGGUUCCUGCAACUGCACUGCCACAGGGGUAGCCAGCAGCGAGGGCUGGAACUAUGGGAAGAUCAGGGAGAGCGUUAGGCACGCACCAGGGGAUUAGCACUGUCCUUGCUGUGUCACCCUUCCCCCAAGCCUGUCCUCUGCCUAAUCCCCUUACCCUGGGCAGCUGACCAGCACUGGACAGGGUCACCCAGCCCACUCCAGCCCUGCCUGGGCUGGGGGUGGACAGAGCUGCCCCUUUGCUCCACACCUUUUGGGGGGCUCAGUCCUUCAGCAGGGCACCCAGCCAGGCUAGGGCUUGAUACAAAAUGGGGAAGAGGGAACCAUGGUGCCCAGGCUACAAGCAGGGCUAGGACCCAGCAUGGAAACUGAGGUUGGUGGCUUGUAGUGACAAACUAGGGCCAUGCCAUGGCUAUGGUGAUACAGGCAGGGGCUCUGGGUACCAACAGCAGAAGUGCCCAUUAGUGGCAUUGAGGCGGGAGGUGUCUGAAACCUCCAAGUUUGCUGAGUCCCAUGGGAUUUGGAGUGGGCAGAAUGUGCCUGUGGGGCAGCCUGGCCCACCACAUGCCCAGGUG